UCUACAGCGCGCGGCAGUAGCGAGCGCUUCGAGUUCAGCUCAGUCCUGGCUGUGGAUCGAGUAAAAGAAACAUCUUCCGUGGUAAAAGUUCAAGAAUAUGGCGGCUUAGGUGAAGAUGCUCAAUGUUAUGUGGCCAUGCUGGAAUCUGUUACUAUAUAAUAAUUCUAUACCAACUCAAUUCUUUAGGAUUUGACUGUAUGUUAUGCGUAGACUGUUAAUUAUAACUAGAUAUAAUCUUCAAUAUGUUGCGGGCUUUAUCAAGGAGUCAUGCUCCUGUAGCCCGGCUUCUCUCUCCUCGCACUGCUGUUUUGGUCGAGACUGUCAGGGGGAGAAAAUCUCGCACAGACCCCAAAGCGAAGUCAAAAUUGGGACGGAUCAAGACUCCCCCUCCCGUGGAUCCAGUAGAAAUGGUUGUACUAAAGGAGCGUUACACGGAGUAUAAUCUGAUAUUAAGAGCCCUGCGACUUGAGUUCAAGGAGCAGAUGUUGAGGAAGAAAUAUGAAGAGGAGGUUGGUUCUGUGGCAGAGGAGAGAACUAAAAGGGAGGCAGAAGAGCAUCGGUCACUGAUGGCCUUGAAUGAUGCUGAAAACCUCAGAAUGCGUAAAAUACGAGAGCAACGCAUGCAGAAGGAGGCUGAGGCCACGGAACUGAAGAAGAGAGAAGCAGCCAUCUUACGCCAGCAAGAGCUGGAGAACUACAUUAAAGAAAAAGAAAGACAGAUUCUUCAACUACAGGAAGAGGCAAAGGACUUCAUCACACAGGACAAUCUAGAUCAGCGUAUUGAAGAGGCUCUUGACAACCCGAAAAACUACAAUUUCGCCAUUGAUAAAGAAGGACGUGUUGUUAAACGGACUGCAUUUCAGCAAAGGACUUCAUCACACAGGACAAUCUAGAUCAGCGUAUUGAAGAGGCUCUUGACAACCCGAAAAACUACAAUUUCGCCAUUGAUAAAGAAGGACGUGUUGU